AUGGCGAACAACCACACCGACCUUUGCCUCACAGCCGAAAACUCUUUUCUGACCCCAGGAUGGGCUGCCGCACUGUCGAACGAUUUUCUGCGAACCAAAUUUGAGCGACUCUACUCGCAAGACACCCAGAAGCGGGAUGGUGAUAGUGAUUUGUUCAUUCGCUACGAAAACCUCAACAUUCCAAAAGUGAGAUUCCGAAUCAGCGGGCACUAUCAAUCGGUAGACAACAUCAGAAUUCCCAUCCCCGACGUCGUACCCAUGUUCCCUCUUCCGGGAACCUGCGGCUUUGAUCUAAUCAUGGGCCGUCUCUAUCUGGAUAGCACCCACCCGCUCAGCAUCGCUCUACAGCAUUGCUUGAUCUCUGUUGAAGAUGUAUACAACAAACGACAUCACGGCUUGGAAGCGGAAGGUCUGGUGGUCAGGGCUCUGGAGAGGGAAGGCCGCGAUGUUGAAUCCCAUUUACAAGGUCUAGAUAAUGUGGAGAACAAGAGAGUCGAAGAGGAAGAGGAAGAACAUGUGAAGGAAGGGGGCAGGGAUGAGGACGGAGAUGACGACGAGGAAGAGGACGAUGAAGUUUGGAGCUGGGGGUGGUCGUAG